ACGUGACCGCUGUGAACCGAAGAGAUUUUCAGGGAUUCACGCGCUACUUAAGUCCAGCGGAACGCAACGCGUAGCCUACUUCACGCCAUUCACAGCCCGUUUGUUAAAACGCAAAGUUAGGUUGUGUGACAUAAGGAGGGGAGGUCUUGAAUAAAUCUCUACUUUGACGAAGCUCAACAGUGAAGCCGAACCUCUCUAUAGAGUAUAGCCACUGACUCUUGUUUUACAGACCGGAGCGCUGCAUUGUUCAGAAGAAUAGCCGUUAUUUUUCCUCGGAGUUUAAAAAAAUGGGAGCGAUACGCUUCAUACAGUGAUAUCAACCGAAAAGGUAAUAGUUUACCGGGAGACUUCAGUUCUGAGAAGAAUUUCAAGUCAUCUUUCGGACUUCAUUCAGGAAGAAAACACUUUUUUUCAUCGGAGCGGACAAGUAAACGUUUAUUUUUCCUGCAUCGUUUGGCCACGACAUCGCAUCGCAUAACUUAAAUAUACAUCAAAGAACCGGAUCUCAUCCAUAAAAUACAAUUUGACUAAAUGUCAAGGUUAUUAUAGGAAAUCCUAAAUUGCCAUUCAACUCAAACACGUCGUGUAGCCUAUCAGUUGUUUAGUGUCUCUAAUCUGAGAUGCUUUUGUAGAUUAUUAAACUAACAAGCUCGUGGACGACUCUGGUAUUGUGCUGUUGCGAUACCAUUUCUGGCGUUUCAUGCUUUCACAGGAUUAUAGUUUGAAUUAAAAUCUCUGGAUGGACGAAAACGACUAUAUCUCGUUCCUUGUGGAUUACUGAGAGAGAAAUACGCGUGGGAAUCGAGACACCUGAGCCGGAUACCUGUAACUUUUCUCUUUCUCUCUCUCUCUCGAAAGCUCUUCAUCGUACAUGAGAUUGCGCUUUCGGUCUCUGGUUGACACGGUCUUUUUGAUUUAACUCUUACUGAUUUGGUAUAAUGGACGUGAUAGCUCUAGAUAAAGUUCACCAGCAUCACAAUCCAACAGAUUCUCGCUGGGAAUUCGUCGCUGGACUGUAGACGUCGGUCGGGAGAUAUUUUGGAGGAGCGCUGUUGUUUAUCAUCACAAACGGGAUUUAUUCGUGGAAACUACGAUGUCCAUUAUACGCUCUUGGAUGGAAACUCUGUUGCUGUAUAUGUUCAUUACAGAUGUUGCUGGUAAAGUUUCCCCUACCAGUUCCGAUGCUCUCUUCAGCGUCCCUGUUCCUAGUACCACCUCCAGUCCACCAGAAGUUUACCUCCCUGCUAACUUUAAGCUCUCCAACACACAGUUGGGCUUCUUUCUCCAGGAGACCCGAGUUCCAUCAUAUGGCAGCCAACGUGGACACCCUCUUCAGCGCUCCGAAAGCUUUGUGGUCUUCCAGACCAAGGAGCUGCCUGCAAUCAACAUCUCACUUGGGCCUUUCACCCAAGAUCAGACGUUGUCCAAGGACCUACUGCAGCCGUCAAGUCCUUUGGACAUUCCUGGAAGGCUGACGGUCAACUGGAAGGUCCGGGCCUUUAUUGUACAGUCUAGAGUGUUUGCUAGUAAUCCACUGGUUCAGGUGCUGUUCUAUAUCGCAGGGCGAGACUGGGAUGACUUCAAGAUUCAGGACAAGCUUCCAUGUGUGAGGCUGCAUGCUUUUAGAGAUGUUCGAGAGAUCAAAACUUCCUGCAAGCUACAAGGGAAUCUGGCGCAGUGCUUGGCCCAACUGGAUCUCCCUUCCACAUGGUUUAAUGUUAAUGUAGCACCACUGGGUCGCAGAAAGUCUUCAGGAACAGAUGGGCUUGAAUUAAGUGGGGAGACCCUUCAAGUGGAGCUUUACUAUACUCUCCAUGAUCCAGACAGCAAUGAUGAGUGUGGGGAGAGCUACCCACGCCGAGGAGGGGCAUCCAGAGGGGAGAGCUCUUCCCAACAACCCCUUCUGCGUAUUGGGAGCAUCAGUUUGUAUCAGCCCAGUCAGGAACAAUUGGUGGUAGACAAACAGCUUGACAAGAACCUCUUCCUGAGGCUACCAGAGAGGCCAUUAAAGCCAGGAGAGACCCUCAACAUCUACCUGCUCUUGGUCCCAAAUUCAACUGUGGAGCAGUUUACACUCAAGGUGAAAGCAAAGAAAGGGGUGAACCUCCUCAGCACUAAGUCGAAGAGUAACCAGUGGAAGGUUGAAUGGGAUGUACAGUCCGGAGCCAAACACUCGAUUGCAACCGUGGAAGCCAGCAAGAUCAAAGGAGUCACUGGGGACAUGGCUGCCAGCAUUGAAAUUAUGCAGCUAGACUUUGAGAUGGAGAACUUCACCAGCCAAUCAGUCACCAGAAGAAUCAACUGGAAUAUUGAUUACCGGGGUCAGAAUCCAGCCUCGGAUGCAGAGAAGGUGGUCACGGAGCUGACGGUUGUGCAGAAGGACAUUCAAGCCAUCAUUCCACUUUCAAUGGACACUGAGAUUAUCAACACGGCAGUUCUUACUGGCCGAACUGUGGCCAUCCCUGUCAAGGUGGUUUCCAUAGAGAUAAACGGAGCAGUCACUGAUGUGUCAUCCUUUGUGCAGUGCAAGUCAUUCAAUGAGGACAUUGUCAAGGUGUCCAUGAACUGUGACUAUGUGUUUGUGAAUGGAAAAGAGACGCGUGGCUCCAUGAACGCUCGGGUGAUUUUCAGCCAUGAGCACCUGAGUGCUCCUCUUGAGCUCACGGUCUGGGUGCCUAAACUGCCCCUUAAAGUGGAGCUCUCAGACAACAGACUGAGCUUCAUCAAGGGCUGGAGGGUGCCAAUCUUACCCGACCGCAGAACGGCCAGAGACAGCGAUGACGAUGAUGAAGAUGACCGUAAAGUGAGCCGAGGAUGUACGCUUCAGUAUCAGAGGGCCCAGGUUAAGGUUCUGACCCAGUUCCACACAACUUCUACUGAAGGCACAAACCAGAUGAUCACUAUGCUGGGUCCUGACUGGCAAGUGGAUGUGACUGAGCUGGUGCAAGACUCUCUAAAGGUGGUGGACGCCAGGGUGGCUGAGCUGGUUGACAGGACGGUGCUAGUGGCCAACGAGCUUGGAUCAUCCACUCUAAAGGUUGAAUCACCAUUGGCAGUGGAGGCGAUACUGGGUGAAACGCAGUUCUCUGUGGUAGACGAGAAAGUGUCCAUAGUGGAGCUUCGUGUUCAUGCCAUUUCGGGACUGGCACUUAAUCUUCAACCAAGCCCUGGCAACAGCCAUACCAUGGUUGCCAAGGCAACUGGCCUGCAGACUCUCUCCACUCUUAAGCAGGAGGCCAGUUUGUCCAUCUGGGUUUACUACAGCGACAAUACCGCCGCCCCCCUGAGUAUGUACGACCCUAAAGACUACAACCUCAAUGCCUCCACAGCAGACGAUAAGAUGGUUUCGGUGGCUCAACAACCCCAGCAGCGGUGGCCAGUCAUCGUUGCAGAGGGUGAAGGCACAGGAGAGGUAGUGCACGUGGAAAUGACCAUCUGCGAAAGCUGCCAGAAGACCAAACGAAAGAGCGUCAUUGCUUCAUCUCCUGUGUUCGUCAAAGUCCGCUUUGGGCCAGAUGAAGACUCUGAGGAGGAAGUGGAUACAGAGACUGAAAUAGACACUAGAAUUGCUGCCAACACGAGAAAGCCCGCUAUCGAUCCCAACGUAGGUGGAGCAGGGUAUGAGCCAUCUAAUGAGCAACCCGCAAGCGUGCCCAUUGAUUACACCAACUUCCCUACAAUAAGCAAUCCGGAGGAACCAACUGAAGAGGAUGAGGAGGACGACGAGUUCGUGCACAAUAAGCAUAGCAUGACUGACCUUGAGAUCGGCAUGUAUGCUCUUCUUGGCGUGUUUUGUCUCGCCAUACUGGUCUUUCUUAUAAACUGCAUUGUGUUCGUGUUGAAGUAUCGCCAUAAGCGCAUCCCUCCUGAAGGCCAGGCCAACAUGGACCAUUCCCACCACUGGGUCUUCUUGGGUAACGGGGAACCCCUGCGCACCCAGAGCGACCUCUCGCCUCAGACGGUGGAGAGCCCCAGCAACACCUUGGAGGGGGUGCAAACUUGUUGUCACGGGGACCACCACAGCAGUGGCAGCUCCCAGACCAGCGUACAAAGCCAAGUCCAUGGCCGAGGAGAUGGCAGCUCCGGCGGUUCCACCAAAGACCACGGAGAAGAGGCCAGCUCGCCGACCUCCAAGCGCAAACGUGUCAAGUUCACCACCUUUACCCUUCCCACAGAGGAUUUACCCUACAACUCCAUCCCCAUUGCCAACGAAGAGGACAUUCAGUGGGUAUGUCAAGACAUGGGCUUUCAGGACCCAGAGGAACUGCACGACUACAUGCGCAGGAUAAAGGAAAUAGCCUGAUCGGCUAUAUGCUUUCUAAAGACGUUCCUUUCUAUUUUUCUCUCUUAAUUUUCACUCUAGAGGAGGUACCUUUCACGAAAAAACAACCAAGGCCUAGUGUCCAGUUUUGUUGGGGUUUUCUGCACAGUGCUGUUACAUUGAAACUUGUACAAACUAAAAAAAAAAAAAUAUUCAUGACGCUGCCAGGGAAGCCAAAGAUGAGAAAAAUGGCUUUAGCGGUGUGUGUGAUUGCUGCUCAGUAGAAGGGUGAGUGUACAAUCUUUAAGGGAAACAGAGUUUUUUAGUUGUAAACACUAAUAUCAAAGUGGAAUCCUGAAGUACUCAAUCAUGUGUGGAUCACCCUGCUGUGGAUAGGAUCUUUCUCAGAGGAAUGCCUGGAGUCUUGGCACUGUGUCCAUUCUUCUUCUUCUUCUUCUCUCUUUUUUUUUUUAAUUCAACGGAUUCUUCUCCAACAAAGAGGCCUUUGAAGUGCAGAUUCUACUUUUGUCCCAGAUUUGUGUUCGAGAUGGAUCAUUUUCAUGCCAUUGUUGACAAACCUGACACUUAGCCACAGAAACUGUCACGUGAGAACGUGCCAAGGAUUCUUUUCUGUCAGUGUUGGAAAAGUCGAAUGGUUUUAUCCCCCUGCCCCUCUUUUCAGCGUUAUCUCAUUUCAACACAUGCCUUGGUUGUUGAAUUAGUUCUUCGUCUGUCUUUGGUAUUUCAUAGUCAUUCUCAAUCUGGAUGCCACCUCUGCUUCUCUCACUGUCUUGGUUAAGUCAAAUGCCUUAUUAAAUGGAUCUCAAUAGUCACAACCUCUCUCUGUGCUGACACCGCAUUUGUUCACAUUAGUAAGGGCCAAAGCAGGGAGCAACUCUACAGAUGUCUGUAUUAAACGUGUCGGCAUGGGGAAGGCGUGAGCUUGUACAUUGUGGAGUUAGAUAUCUUCUCCAACAUUCCUCUGCAUGAAUGGAGACUUGGAGGCACAAUUUUGUUUUUGUUUUUUACUUUGUAUAUGUUUGUAUUGUGAGAAUUAUCUAAUCAUACAUAAAUGAUAAUAGAGGACAUAUCAUGCUACCAUGCAUUACAUGCAUGUGCCAGACUCUCCCUCCUGUGUACAUACCACGUUCAGUACAUAACGACUGCUGACGCUUAACUCUCAAUUACUCGGUUAGCCUGAGAAAUAGGGAAGGCAGAUGCCACAUAGGGAUUCGGCAGCCGGAUACUUGAAUUUCAGUGAGGCUCUCUUUUCUCUUUUUCUGUCUCUUGACUGAUCUCACCGUGAAUUCCCAUCCAGGUGGUAAUAGAGUUAAGAUCUCUGGUAAGGAUAAAAUGCUAUGCAAACACACUGGAGGGGUUGAUUAUUGUGGUUAAGUAAAUCUGCCCCAGAUAUCAUUAUAGCACCACGGUUCCUUUCGUUAUUAUACCAAGAAAUAUCUCAAACUAGUUUUUCGUUCUGUUUUUAACUUUGAAGCUCGCUAGAGCUGUUAAAGAAAACGCCACAAAAUGCGGUAGCACAGUAGAUCAAGCCCAAAAAUGUAAACAUUUACUAGUCUAGAAAGGGUUAAGCUGGUAACGGGUCUGGAAGCUUUUUUGUGGUGGGGCACAAAGAACUUGUAUCUGUAUUGCUGCUGACCUAUCACAGGUUAGUUUCAGGGUUACAGUCCCCCCAGUUUCUUCAGGAUGUCUAAAUUCACACACUGCAUUGAAUGCUUAUUUCCCACUGUGCUUAUUUGUAACAUGCAGGAUUUACCCUUGACUUUGUUUUUAAUAGUCUUAUUAGUCAUUUUCCUGUAACCAGGAGGGAACACCUAUAGUUGCUUUCCUUGUUUUAUAGAUUUGAUUCUAUUAAUUUUAUUUCAAAGAAAAUCACCCCUAAUUUAAUCAGGGGCCCUUUGCACUCCAGAUAAGAGUCACAGAGAACUUAAUACUGACACCUCUUCACGUUUCUCCUAUGAUUUGUUUGUCCCCUUCACUCUUUCUCCAAAAUAUAUAAACCCUCAGUCUUGACGUGUGAUGAUGUAAAAUGUCAAGGUAUUAGGUUUUGAUUGACAGCUGGAGUGUUGGUCAAAGGUUUAGUUUGACCUACACUUUACCGAUAUGGAGGCUCAGAACUGAAUGUAAACUUUUCAACCGUACCUUGACGAUCAAAAUGAACAUAAUUUCCAAUGUAUUAUUAAGGUUUUCUGAUGGGGUACAUGAGACUCGAUACGACUACUAGCAAGUCUCUGGUAGCAGCUCAUACACUUUUCCGUUUUCUGAAAUGAAGUGUAACAUCACCAUCGGACAUUUUUGGUUGGUUUCAUAUUGUUUUCUACUUUCAACUGAUGUAUGUAUGUAUGUAUAUGAAACAGCAGUUGCAUUAUCCUCGCUUUCAUUUUUCUUUUUUAAGAGGAGCUGCUACUAGGCCUUUGCCUUGACCACAUGCUGUGUUGUGGUGUAGAUUUGAGCUGUACUCUUUGACCUGCUGAAGCACGGUACUGUCAGCCAUGUGCUGUCACACCCUUAAUGUACAGAGCACUGUUACAACAUCCUGUAUCCUCCCUAAAAAACAACUGUUGUAUUUCCCUCCUUAUAUGUAAGUACUAAAGAAAAUACAAUGCAUAAACUUGGUGUUAUGUCUUUUA